AAGAAAAAACGGUUUGUAACCACCCAUACGCCGCACGUUUCGAUGGGGCAACGUAGACCUAGCCAUGGAAGUGGAUACGGGUUCCCCGGUGUGCGUCGUAUCGCGCCAAGUGUACGAUUGACACCACGCACAGUGGCCGCGCUUACAAUCAAGCUGUCAUGUCACGCGGGACAGCUUCCGGUGUUGGGGGAACUCGAACUCCCAGUGAAGUAUAAAAGUGUAUCUGUGCCUUGCCCGCUCAUCGUGCUUGAUUGUGCAGGACCCAGCCUAUGUGGCCGCGACCUCAUUGCUUUGCUUAGCAAGACGAGCGUUCCCAUUGGAGACCUGACUGAGCCGGACCCUACAGCAAGCGCCGAGCCAAGCGAUCCUAUGCUGAACCGACUGCUCAGCGAGUUCGAGGAUGUUUUCUCAACAGACCUUGGACUAAUCAAGGGUCCACCAGCCAGCCUAAAACUCAAGGAGACAGCGACACCAAAAUUCUGUCGGCAAUUUACCCUGGUAACCGACCAUCAGCCACUGCUGGGACUGCUCAAGACUGACCGCCAAACGCCGCCGAUGACCGCCGCGCGCAUUCAACGGUAGGCACUGUUCCUAGGAGG